AUCAUCUUACAAAAUACUCAGAGCAUUUAGAUCCGAUCCCAUCCACGUCCACCAAACAGUCCCACUACCGCCUUUCCAACCUUCGCCUCCUCCGAACCCAGAUCUCACGCGCCGCCGCAUCCAAGCCCCAAUCCAGCUCACAAUGAGCCCGUCGCUGAUGAGAUCCGCCUCCCAGCUCCUCCGCCGCCGCGGCUACUCCUCUGCCACCGGGCAGCUGGAGCGGAAGGUGGCCAUCCUCGGCGCGGCGGGGGGCAUCGGGCAGCCGCUGGCGCUCCUGAUGAAGCUCAACCCGCUCGUCUCCUCCCUCUCCCUCUACGAUAUCGCCGGCACCCCGGGGGUCGCCGCCGACGUCUCCCACAUCAACUCCCCCGCCCUGGUGAAGGGGUUCAUGGGGGAGGACCAGCUCGGGGAGGCGCUGGAGGGGUCCGAUGUGGUCAUCAUCCCGGCCGGCGUGCCGAGGAAGCCCGGCAUGACCAGGGACGACCUCUUCAACAUCAACGCCGGCAUCGUGAAGAACCUCUGCACCGCUAUAGCCAAGUACUGCCCCAAUGCUCUUGUGAACAUGAUCAGCAACCCUGUGAAUUCAACUGUGCCAAUUGCUGCUGAGGUUUUCAAGAAGGCCGGUACUUAUGAUGAGAAGAGGUUGUUUGGUGUGACCACUCUUGAUGUUGUUCGUGCCAAGACUUUCUAUGCUGGGAAGGCCAAUGUACCAGUUACCGGUGUGAAUGUCCCUGUUGUUGGUGGUCAUGCGGGUGUCACCAUCCUGCCACUGUUCUCACAGGCAACUCCUGCAACCAAUGCAUUGUCUGAAGAAGACAUCAAGGCUCUCACCAAGAGGACACAGGAUGGUGGGACUGAAGUUGUUGAGGCAAAGGCUGGAAAGGGCUCUGCAACCUUGUCCAUGGCGUAUGCUGGUGCUGUUUUUGCUGAUGCAUGCUUGAAGGGUCUCAAUGGAGUUCCAGACAUUGUCGAAUGCUCUUAUGUGCAAUCAACUGUAACAGAGCUGCCAUUCUUUGCCUCCAAGGUGAAGCUUGGGAAGAAUGGAGUUGAGGAAGUGCUUGGGUUGGGUGAGUUGUCGGCCUUUGAGAAGGAAGGGUUAGAGAAUCUCAAGGGUGAGCUCAAGUCCUCAAUUGAGAAGGGUAUCAAGUUCGCAAACGAGAAUUAGAUAGGACAUUUUGCAGAUUGUAGCGGUAAUUGAAACCUGUAGUUGAUUCUACGCUUUAGCCCUGUUGUGUGGGCAUGGGAGAGGAUUUACAAUAAGAAUUCCGGCUGGUUUGAUUAUUACCAGACAGAACAAAACUUUUACGAGAGGUUUAUUCCGGCGGCAUAUGGCUUGUGUAAAGUUUUGAACUGUUACACUAAACAAGCAUUAAUUAUGCAAUUUGUGCCUUUUAAGCAGCAAUGCUAUGAA